CGCCUCACUGCAGAGGAGAUGGAUGAACAGAGGCGGCAGAAUGUUGCCUAUCAAUAUCUCUGCCGCCUAGAGGAGGCCAAACGUUGGAUGGAGGCUUGCCUGAAGGAAGAACUGCCUUCUCCAGUGGAGCUGGAAGAGGGCCUUCGAAAUGGGGUUAUUUUGGCCAAACUAGGACACUGUUUUGCCCCUGAUGUGGUUCCCUUCAAAAAGAUCUAUGACUUGGAGCAAAUGCGGUAUAAGGCAACUGGCCUACACUUCCGUCACACUGAUAAUAUCAACUUCUGGCUGACUGCAGUGUCUCAUAUUGGCCUACCUAAGACCUUUCUUCCUGAGACUACAGACAUCUAUGACAAAAAGAAUAUGCCACGAGUGAUCUACUGCAUCCAUGCCCUGAGUCUCUUCCUCUUCCGAUUGGGCUUGGCACCUCAGAUCCAUGACCUGUAUGGGAAAGUAAAAUUUACAGAGGAGGAGCUCAACAAUAUGACCUCAGAGCUGGCUAAAUAUGGGCUGCAGCUGCCAGCAUUCAGCAAGAUCGGGGGCAUCCUGGCUAGUGAACUCUCUGUGGAUGAGGCUUCUGUCCAUGCUGCCGUCCUUGCCAUCAAUGAGGCCGUGGAGAAGGGAGUGGUGGAAGACACUCUUGCUGCAUUGAAGAAUCCCAAUGCUAUGUUGGGGAACCUCCGGGAGCCCUUGGCUGCUGUUUACCAGGAGCUGCUAGCCCAAGUAAAGAUGGAAAAAACUGCCAACUCCCGCAAUUGGCAUGUCCAGGACAAUGGAGAGAGCCAGGACAUCUACGACCGCUACUUGACUCAGGCAGAGAUACAGGGCAAUAUCAAUCAAGUCAAUGUUCAUGGAGCACUGGAGGCCAUUGAUGAAUCUCUGGAAAGUCAGAACUCUGAGGCCUUGAUCAAAGCCCUUUGUGAUUCAGCUUUGGCCCUUCGAGGAGUGAGGAAGGAUUUUGGUGACUGGUACCUGGAACAACUGACUUUAGACAGAGAACAGAAAUCACUGGAUCUGGGCUUGAUUGAUCUCCUGGAGAAGGAAGAGGUCCAGGCUGGUAUAUCUGCAGCCAAUGCUAAAGGCAAUCAGGAGAUUGCAAUGCUCCAGGCUGUGGGACGGAUCAAUAGAGCCAUCCAGAGAGGGCUGGCAGCAGACACAGUGAGGGAGCUCAUGUGCCCUGAAGCCCAGCUGCCUGAGGUGUACCCCUUUGCUGAAUCCAUGUACCAGCAGGAACUGAGUUUGAUUCAGCGGCAACAGGAAGGGGACAUGGCUCAGGAGGAGCUCUUUGUGGCUUUGGAGAUGCUCUCUGCUGUUGCCCUGAUUAAUCGGUACCUGGAGGCGGGGGAUGUCGGGGGCUUCUGGAACAGUAUGGUGAGCCCAGCUUUGGGCCUGGCUGAAGUGAAUGGAGAGAAUGCCCAACGUUAUUUUGUUGCCCUGGGAAGGCUGUGGCAAGAACGGAAUGGGGCCGGGACCUUCCUCAAUUGGAAUGAUUUGCAGGCCACUGUGAGCCAAGUCAAUAGUCAGGUCCAAGCAGAGACAGAGCAGAUCCUCACAAUCAGUCUCAUCAAUGAGGCCCUGGAUCAGGGAACCCCAGAGAAGACCUUGACUGCCCUACUGUUGCCCUCUGCUGGCCUGGAUAAUGUCAGUCUCCCUGUUGGCCCCCUGUACCACCAUAUCCUGUCCUCCGCCAAGAGAAUGAAGGCUCAGGUAACAAUGGACCCCGGAGCUGUUCUAUGGUUGGAGGAGAUCCGCCAAGGAGUGGCCAAAGCUAAUCAGGAGACAGAAGCAGCUCAGAACAUGGCCCUGGGAAUGGCUGCUAUCAACCAAGCCAUCAAGGAGGGGAAGUCAGCGCAGACAGAACGAGUAUUACGCAAUCCUGCCGUGGCCCUUUGUGGGGUAGUCACAGAAUGUGCUGAUGACUACCAGAAGGCAUUGCAGGACAUCAUGGAAAGGAAGCAACAGCCAGGAAACAGAUUCUUCUGGGUCCAGCAUCAGACGAAGGAUGGCAUUGCCUAUUACUUCCACCUGCAAACUUUCCAGGGGACCUGGGAACGCCCUGUUGAUUGUACCCUAAAUACUUCCCACCUCACCCGUGAAGAGAUCCAGGCAGCAAUCACAACAGUUACUGCCGCCUAUGACCGACACCAGCUUUGGAGGGCCAAUGUUGACUUUGUCAUCCAGCUCCAGGCCCGGAUGCGAGGCUUUCUUGUUCGGCAGGAAUUUGCCAAGCAUUCUCACUUCCUAAAGAUCUGGCUCCCAGCCAUUAUCAAGAUUCAGUCUCAUUGGAGAGGUUACCAGCAGAGAAAAAUCUAUCAAGAACGAAUGAGAUUCUUAAAGGCAAAUGUGGCAUCUGUGAUGAAGAUCCAGGCCUGUGCCCGGAUGUGGGUGGCUCGGAAGAGAUAUCGGGAAAGAUUACAUUUUUUCCAAGAGAAUAUUAAUUCAGUUGUGAAGAUCCAGGCAUUUUUCCGAGCCAGGAGAGCCCGGGAUGAUUAUAGGAUGCUGGUCCACGAUCAACACCCCCCUCUCAGUGUGGUGUGUCGAUUUGCCCACCUCCUGGAUCAGAGGCAGCAAGAUUUCUGGGAAGAGGCUGAGCUGCUAAAACUACAAGAGGAGGUGGUCAGGAAAAUCCGGUCCAACCAACAACUGGAGCAGGACCUCAACCUGAUGGACAUCAAGAUUGGGCUGCUGGUGAAGAACAGAAUCACACUGCAGGAGGUUGUUUCACACAGCAAGAAGCUGACCAAGAAGAACAAGGAGCAUCUGUCAGACAUGAUGUUGCCAGACAGGCGGAAAGGAUUAAAGUCACUGAGCAAAGAGAAACGGCAGAAAUUAGAGGCCUACCAGCACCUCUUUUACCUGCUCCAGACCCAGCCCAUUUACCUGGCCAAGCUAAUCUUCCAGAUGCCACAGAACAAGACCACAAAAUUUAUGGAGUCGGUCAUUUUUACCCUGUACAAUUAUGCCUCCAAUCGCCGAGAAGCCUACCUCCUUCUCCAGCUUUUUAAGACUGCCCUCCAGGAGGAAAUCAAAUCCAAGGUUGAACAGCCCCAGGAUAUGGCGAUGGGCAACCCGACAGUUGUCAAGCUGGUGGUGAGCUUCUACCGCAAUGGCCGGGGACAGAGUGCCUUGCGGGAAAUCCUGGGCGGAGUGAUCCAGAAUGUCCUUGAAGACAAGACACUCAAUGUCCACACUGACCCCAUUCAUCUCUAUAAGACCUGGGUCAACCAGAUGGAGGCCCAGACUGGGCAGCGGAGCCAUCUCCCCUAUGAUGUUACCCCUGAGCAGGCUCUGAGUCAUCCGGAGGUCCAGAGACGGAUGGACAUCAGCCUACGAAACCUUCUUAAUGUGACAGAGAAGUUUCUUGCAGCUAUCACCUCAUCUGUGGAUCAGAUCCCGUAUGGGAUGCGUUAUGUUGCAAAGGUCCUGAAGACUUCUCUGGCUGAGAAGUUUCCCAGUGCUACAGAAAGUGAGAUCUGUAAGGUAGUGGGGAACCUCUUGUACUACCGAUUCCUGAACCCAGCUGUAGUAGCCCCCGAUGCCUUCGAUAUUGUGGACCUCACAGCAGGUGGUGCCCUGACAUCUUCCCAGCGUCAUGUCUUAGGAGCUGUGGCCCAGCUCCUCCAACAUGCCGCAGCCGGCAAGCCCUUCUCUGGAGAGAAUGGGCACCUUCGGGUUCUGAACUCCUACUUGGAGGAGACACACCUCAAGUUCAGGAAGUUCAUCUACAAAGCCUGCCGGGUACCAGAGCCCGAGGAACGCUUCGCCAUGGAUGAGUACUCAGAUAUGGUGGCUGUGGCCAAACCUAUGGUCUACAUCACUGUGGGAGAGCUUAUUAAUACUCACAGGCUGUUACUGGAACAUCAGGACUCAAUCGCACCCGAUCACCGAGACCCUCUGCAUGAGCUCUUAGAGGAUCUUGGGGAGCUACCUACCAUCCCAGCCCUGAUAGGUGAGAAUCUAGCUUCAGAUGGAAACCAGGACAUGAGCCAGUUUGAAAUAUCUCUGACACUCACCAACAAAUUUGAGGGACUCGAGACUGACCCUGAAGACACUAAUGUCAAGAGCCUCUUGCUAAGCACCAAGCAGAUGUUGGUUGAUAUCAUCCAGUUCCAGGCAGGAGAUUCCCUUCAGGACAUCCUGUCUCUCUUACCAUCAGGAGAACAGGAAACUGCUCAUCACAUACUAAUGUCCCGUCGCCAAGCCUUUGAGACCCAGAUCCCAGAGCCACUGAAACGUCGUCGAUCGCUGGCUGCUCAAUCCCUCCUGUCAAUAAGAGAAAAGCAACGAAGAAUCCUGAAGAACCUUCGCCACCUUGAGAGUUUGGGAAUUGUGACUUCUGCGGAUGGCUAUCAGGGACUGGUGGAUGAGAUAGCCCAGGACAUUCGAAACCAGCGCCGUUACCGACAGAGGAGGAGGGUGGAGCUGGUGAAGCUUCGGGCCACCUUUCAGGGCCUGCAGGCCAAGACAGCCUUCUAUGAAGAGCAGGGCGACUAUUACAAUCAAUAUAUCCGCACCUGCCUGGACAACCUGGCCCACAGCCACAAGAAUGACAAAAAGGGGAAGAAGCAGCCAUCUCUACGUUACACCGCUGCCCAGCUCUUGGAAAAGGGAGUCUUGGUGGAAAUUGAGGACUUGCCCAUUACUCAUUUUCGAAAUGUCAUCUUUGACAUCAUUCCUGGGGAAGAGGCAGGAAAGUUUGAGGUGAAUGCCAGGUUCAUGGGCGUGGACAUGGAGAGAUUUCAAGUUCACUAUCAGGAUCUCCUCCAACUCCAGUAUGAAGGUGUGGCCGUGAUGAAACUCUUCAACAAAGCCAAAAUCAACGUGAACCUCCUCAUCUUUCUUCUCAAUAAGAAGUUAUUCCUGAAAUGAUGGGUGGGGGGAGAAACACGAAACAUCUCUUUACCCCAUUCCAGCUGUUUUAAUCAAACAUGUGGCAACUAAAGCACUGAACUGCAAAGACCCCAACACCUGGCAUCCUUGGCUGACUCAUUGUCUCCCCUCAAUAGGAGCUGGCACUCUGGGGAAGGGGUUUAGGGACAAGAGGAGGCUGCUUUCUGCUUCUUCCAUUCCUCCUGUAUUCCAGAAUCAGAGAGAACCUCAUAGAGGUGGGAAGGAAAUGCAGCUCAUUACUACAACCCAGGCUUGCAUGCUUACACACACACACACACACGCACACAGGCACACACACACAGACACACACACGGUACUCUAGCUUCUGACCAAAGAACCUCCCUCACUGGGGAGCUCGCCACCUUCCAAAGGCUGCCCAUUUACAUCAAACCUAAAUUUGCCCCUCCAUGCUUUCUACCCAAGUAGAACAAGAGUAACCAGUCUUCCAUGGCCCAACCCAGAUUGCCGUCAGCAUAUGUGGUGCUAUGGUCCUGAGACCCCUCACAAUCCUGGUCACCCCAUCCUCGGACACAACUCCAGCCUGAGCGCAGUCCUGGACUCCUGAUGUGUCGUGACCAUGGCAGAGGACGGCAGGACUACACCUUCCAGGACAAGACGCCUCUGCUGGCCAGAGCGCGACCUACAGAAAGAGGAAUCCAGUGAUUGCUGAUUUAAGUCCUUUGCUGCUGAUUCUUCCCACUCUAGGAUCAUGUAUUUUGGACUGAUGGGAGACCAGAGAGAGGUUAAAGUUCUGGUGGUUGACUUUUAGUAGUAUUGCAAGUAAAGUCCCUGGCCCCUAGUUAGAGAUUUAGAACUAGGCCAUAUCUUAGAGAUCAUACAGCUCAAUCCCAUAAUUUUACUGAUGAAGAAUGAGGCCCGGAGAUAAAAUGGCUUGUGAUGGUCAUACAGUAAGUGGCAAAGCCUGAUCUGAACCCAGGCAAGAUGAUUAUAGAUCAAGAAUGCCCAAAUCUAGUGUCUCCAAUUUUGGGGAAGGCUCACCAGCAACUGAAGUGCUUCUCCAUUUUAAACUAUUUUUUCAUAAAAUUCUAAUCAACAUUUAUUAAGCACCUUCCAUGUGCCAGGCACUGUGCUAAGACUACAAAUAGAAGCAAAAGAUUAAGGGCCCUGCCCUCAUGAUGCUUACUAUCUAAUGGGUUAAAAAAGGAGAGGCAAUGUAGAAUUCCUAAUCUCAUUCCUCCUCCAAUCUGCCCUUAUUAAAAGUUACUUUCUUCUUGGGUCAAUAAUUUAUUUCCCUAUCACCAUUACUCAGAAUGACUGUAAAUUCCUAGCCCUCGUGUUCAUUGUCUUCCAUAUAUUUGAGCUUACCUACAUGUGGGCCAAAAGGAUUCUUUUAUUCAAAAUUGCCUUAUAUCUAUCCUAGUUAUAAAACAAAAUAUCCUCUUUAUAUUUAAAAAUCAUUUGGAGCAAUAGGGUUCUCUCUUGUAUUUAAACAUGUUAUAUUCAAUUCAAUAUAGUGUAUGUGGUUUCCCUUUUCUCCUUCUUUUCUCUUGAUUAUUACUCCCUCUUUCUAGAUCUUUGUUCUGUUCUGCGAUUUAUCCACGUGGACUCUCCCGGUCUGUUGGCCUGUCACUAUAUUUCUAAUAGUCCAUCUCUUCUCACUUUAUCCCAUCUAAUUUCUGUACUAUUACCCUUCUGGCUUUGUUUUGAAUAAAACCUGCUAUUGUAACUA